AUGCCUCCUAAAGGUGCCUCGACCAAACUCAACCCCGUCCGGUUGCAGACCAUCCCUCACCUGCGAAUCCGCCAUCCGAACAAGAAUGAGGGCAAUCCCUGCCUGACGGUGAUGUCGUCGAUGCUGAGCUGCUGGGCUUCUUCCGGCUACACCUCGGAGGGCUGCUUUGCUCUCGAACAGCAACUGAGACAAUGCAUGGACGCACCGAAAAAGAAGAAGUCCGGCAUGAACACCAUCAACUACCACCUCAUGAGAAUGUACCCCAAGGUUGUUGGACCGAAGAAGAAGAACUAG